CGACACCAUCCCCACAACUGUCACCCUCCUCAAUACGCAAAGAAGAGGAAAUGAGGUUCGCUCUCUUUAUCGUCCUGGCGAUGAGCUUGCUCUUUAUGCUGACGUCGGCCGCCCCCGUUGGCUCCGGUCAUUCUGGCUCAAGCUCCGGCCAUUCUGGCACCAGCUCCAAUGACAUGGAUCCGCUUCAGGCGCUCCUUAAACCUUUGCAAUAUGACUACGGCCAAGUCUUCAAGGACCUUAGGAGCAAGCACUACACUGCACGUUCGUCCAUGUGGGGCCAUUACCGCAAGUAUGAGGUCUUGAAGGACACGGCAUCAGCUGAAGCCGACGAGGAGCGCACGAAAGGUCAAGAGGCUUACAUGGAAGGAGAAGAUGCUCGCAAGGAGCUUUUUAAAGAGGCUGAGAGGUUGUGCAAGGUGAUUACAGAUCAACAUAAAGGAGAGAACAACAGAUCGGAGAGAGCGAAGAUCGGACCCAAGAUGAGCGAGAUUGGAUGGCAAGUGCAUUUCUACAAAGAAGUAGAGAAAAAUCCCUUCGAUUCGACUCAUUAAAGUCGUGCUACACUUGAUAACUGCCUUGUAAGCGAGGAGACCUA